AUGGUCCAGAAGCAUCCCAGAGAAAGAGAGUUGUGUGGAGCCCACCACAGUGGUGGUGCCUCCCUCAGGACUUUAGGACCCUGUAUGGACCCUGAAAUACCUUCAUUCUCAGGACUUACAGACUCAGCAGGGACUGAUCCUAAUGGUACCCACUGCCUCACAGAGCACUCUGGUCCUAAGUACACACAGCACCCAAACCCAGCCCAUUGGUUGGACCCAAGCCAUGGCCCCCCAAGGGGUCCAGGACCACCUAGAGAUGCAGAGGACCCUGAUCAGAGUGAGACGUCUUCAGAAGAAGAGUCAGGAGUGGACCAGGAACUCUUAAAAGAAAAUGAGGCUGGGUACCAGGAGGAUGGGAACCCUUCUUUUCUUUCCAUUCCAUCUGCUUGCAGCUGCCAGGGAACACCUGGAAUUCCAAAAGGGCGCUCUUCUGGCAACUCUUGCCACCUCUGUGCCUCUCCAGCCUUGGGGGAAGAUGAGGAGUUGGAAGAGGAAGAUGAUGAUGAAGAAUCUCUUAAGUUCCCCAGUGAUUUUUCACGUGUGUCCAGCAGAAAGAAAUCCCCAUUCCGGAGACAGCGGCAUCACUUUCCAACGAAGGAGGAUACUCGGGAGGGUGGACGUAGGGAUCCCAGGUCCCUUGGUCAACAUCGACUGGGCGGGAAAUGAAGUCAGGCAGAUAAGCGCAGAGGCCUGGGAUUGUGGGGAGCCGAGGAACUAUGUCAACUUGGACAGGCAGGCUUUUGGUGGCUGAUUGAACUGCUGGUGUUUGUGGGAGAGUAUGUAGAAACUUGUGGGCACAUCAUCUAUGCAUGCAGGCAGCUGAAAAGCAGUGAUUCGGACCUUUUUCAAGUUUGGAUGGGAGUCUGGACAGGGCGGCUUGGGGGCUGGGCCCAGGUCACGUUUCAGUUUCUAAGCCAGGGGUUUUACUGUGGAGUACGAUUGUUUACCCAUUUUCUUAAGCUGCUGCGUGCUUUACUGCUCCUGGCUCUGGCCCUCUUUUUGGGAUUUCUACUAUUGGGAUGGUGGUUUCUGGUGGGACUAGGUGACCGGUUAGGCUGGAGGGAUAAGGCCACCUGGCUCUUCUCUUGGCUGGAUUCUCCAGCCUCGCAGUGUUGCUUGACUCUGCUGAGAGAUAGCAGGUCAUGGCAGUGGCUGGUAAGAAUAAUUCAAAUAAUUCAGUGGGGUUGGCUGGUGUUGCCUUGGGUCAAGCAGAAUACUAAUAGGCAGGGGAAUGCACCUGUAAUUACUGGGUGCUACUGCCAGCCUGAAGAGGAAAUGGCUCGACUCUUGACCUUGGCUGGGGUUUCUGAGGAUGAGCUAAGCACUUUCCAUGUACUAGGGGUUAAGGCCACAGCAUCAGACGCUGAACUGAAGAAGGCCUAUAGACAACUGGCAGUGAUGGUUCAUCCCGACAAAAAUUAUCACCCCCGGGCUGAGGAGGCCUUCGAGGUUUCGUGCGCAGCUUGGGACAUUGUCAGCGACGCUAAAAAGCGAAAGGAAUAUGAGAUGAAAGGAACGGCAGAGAAUGAGCUGAGCCGGUCAGUAAAUGAGUUUCUGUCCAAGCUGCAAGAUGACCUCAAGGAGGCAGUGAAUACUUUGAUGUGUGGCCGAUGCCAAGGAAAGCAUAGGAGGUUUGAGGUGGACCAGGAACCUAAGAAUGCCAGAUACUAUGCUGCGUGUAAUAGGCUGCGUCCCGCUGAGGAAGGAGACUUUUGGGCAGAGUCAAGCUUGUUGGGCUUCAAGAUCACCUACUUUGCACGGAUGAAUGGAAAGGUGUAUGACCACACAGAGUGGGCUGGAGGCCAGCGUGUAGUUAUCUCCCCAGCCAGAGUCCCCUCACAUCUCUCAUUUGGUUCUCGGAUUCCAGGCACCAGAGGGCGGCAGAGAGCCACCCCGGACGCCCCUCCUGUUGAUCUUCAGGAUUUCUUGAGUCGGAUCUUUCAAGUACCCCCAGGGCAGACGCCCAGUGGAAACUUCUUUGCAGCUCCUCAGCCUGCCCCUGGAGCCACUGCAGCCUCUAAGCCCAACCGCACAGUACCCAAGGGAGAAAUCAAACUAAAGCGGUGGAAGAAAGUGAGGAGGCCCUUCGAACGUUGA